AAGUGCCAGUGAAUUAGUUUUCUUUUUUUAUGUACAUACCUACGUGUUUUACUUUUUUUUUUGGAAAUUAGUUGAACAACGUUGAAUACGUAGAUAAAAAAUACCGUUCAAAUGCUCUUUUGAGGUUAUCCGGAAAUUGUUUAAUUUAAAAUAAUGCUUUGGAGGUCCUAUGUUUGUAUCAGCUUUGAUGAUUGAUCAGUGAAAUAACAAGAAAAAUGGAUGUAGAAGAAAUUUUGAUAGAUGAUGAUGACUUUGAUGAUAUUGACAUUGAGAUCUUGAAUGUUGGAGUAAACGAGGAUUCGCCAUCACCGGAUAAAAACAAGCCAAUUUUGAAAAACGAAACUGUCCAUAAAAAUCCAGUUGAGGAGCACUUGAUGAAACAACUCAACUGUGCACGCAACCAAAUUGACCAGGCUAAAAGCAACAUCGAGGUUAUUCAGAAUGUCACCCAGAGAAUAGUGCAGAAUUUGUCUUCCAAGGCUGCUUACAGGGACAACACCAGUUCAGACUCUGAUGGUGAUGUGUUUUCAAGUUGUGGUGAGCCAAUUGCUAAGAAAAAAAAGAAUAAGUACUAUGAAAAACGUCAGGUGCUGGUUGUUCAAAAAACUUGGCAACGUGUCAUUGAUGACAAAUGGAUCAUAGGAGUGGUACUGCAAAGCUCCACCACAUGUACCCUGAGGGAUCUGACGAUAUACGUAAGCUUGAAGAACCGCGAGGACGACAGUCACGGGGUCUCGGUCUUCUGGACGCUGGUCGACGACACCUUCUGGUACCCGACCGAGGAGAUAGACUCGGAGGAGCAGCUGGUCGCCACGGCUGUGCUCGACCUGCCGAGUUUCGAUGCGGGGGCUCGGCUCGAGGCCCAAGGCACCGUGUUCUGUCAAUUCGACGACAAGCUCUUCCAGACGCCGGUACCCAACGUCGAGCUCACCGUCCACCAGACGGUUGACGGUACUUGCGCCGUCGAUCUCGAGGAUCCCGACGAAGCGCAGUUCAGUAUACUCGCGCUCAAGGCUAUAUCGGUAGACCGAGUUAUCCUGCUGCCGUGGCAUCAGGACUCGAGCAUCGGCAAGCGGCUGAUGAAGUUCCUGGGAAAGUACGCCUUCAAGGAGAUCUGCAAGGUCUGCGUCGUGAGGAACACCGGAUCGUUGCAGUACUGCGUGCUCGAGGUCCUGCCCGCUGACGAGGACGGCGAUGUCAGGGUCUUGUUAUCGGCGAGAUCCGAGGCUCAACUGUCGGUGGUGGUACAGUUGCUGCGCAUGGACUUUCCCGAGAUGAUAGACGUUGAAAAGCAACAGGCCAUGGACGAAGCUGCCGAGGUGCUGCGCAACGAGCUCAAGCUCUACCUGAGCUGCACCGACGCGGUCAAGCUCCAACGCGCCAGAAUCAAGACGGACCUGCUUAUUCCUUGACUAGUUAGUUGCUGUACUUUUUUCACUCCCACUUUUUUUUAUUAUUUUUAUUAUUAUUACUUAUAUUUUUUAAAGAAAAAAAGCAAAGUUGUUUUUUCGAUGCUUUACGUUAUGCUAAAAAGUGGCAGUUUUAAGGAUCCGACGUUGCGAUCGAACCAUCAUUUCAUCGACGAACGCGUUAUACGGUGCUAUGUAUGAUAUCAUUAAUCAUACGUGAUACGAAAUAUUUAAUAUAUAGGUGUACUCUUGCUGAAGUAUUAUUAUUACCUCUGUACGUGCGAGCCAUGCGAGUAAGUAUUAUAUUAGACGCGUCAUUAUUAUGACACAA